UCUGAGCUGAGUCAGUGACACCAGCAGCUCUUUGACCAGCAGCCUGUUAACCAGCAGCCUGUUAACCAGCAGCCUGUUCACCAGCAUCCUGUCGACUGGUUCUCUCACAGAACUCAUCCACUGAUCAGCCUCAGUCACAACCUGCAGCUCCUGAGAACCUGGUUCCAGCAGCAGCAUCUCACAGGUCUCCAUCUUCCCUCUUUGAUUGGUUCUACACCUGAAGUCGGAGAAAAUGGCCUCAAUUCCAUCAACUGGUUCUCUCAUCGCCACUCACGACUACUACAGAAGACGAAUCGGCUCCACCUCCAGUAACAGCUCCUGUGGCAGCGCCGAGCACACGGGGGAGGUCAUUCCACACCACCCAGGACUUCCCAGGCAAGACUCCGGCCACUGGUGGACUUCGUUUUUCUUCGCAAAGCAGAACCAGCCCGGCAUGCAGAGCGGAGCCGAGAGUCAAAAGAACAAAACCUACACAGUGGCCGACGGUCAGGUGACCUGCAUCGCCCGGGAAAUGGUUCUGAAGAGACAACUCAGCGAAAACAGCGAAAACGGAAAGUCAACGACUCCAGCUUCCUCCUAGUCCACCCUCCUGCCCUGUGACCUCCGACCCCUGAGCACCUUCACCCUCAGUCCCUUCACCCUCAGCUCCUUCACCCUCAGCUCCUUCACCCUCAGCCCCUUCACCCUCAUC